GGUAGGGCUUACAAUAAAAUGAAAGUGAUGCCGGCAAUAAAGGGCGACUCGGCAGUCAGUCUGGUUCUUUGCAGCAAGAGUUCAAGCGGUGCAGUGUUAGUGGUCCUGCAGAGAUCAGCACCUGCUUCCCCUCUCUCUGCACACUGUGUGCCCACCUCGGAGGUUUUAUGAAGUUUAGCAACUUUCCUUUGCCCUGUAGUAUGGCUGCCACGGUUGGGGACUUCUCCCCUGAAUUUGAAACGGACGACUCCAGCCAGAAUUCUGAAAAGGAUUACGAGGGUUAUGACAAAAAGCUAAGACGAAGAGAAAAGAAUCGGAUUGCCGCGCAGAAAAGUCGGCAGAAGCAGACCCAGCGAGCAGACAUUUUACACCAGGAGUACGAGCAGCUGGAAAGGGAGAACGCCUCCCUGAGGAAGGAGAUCCAGACCCUGAAGGACGAGCUGAAGCAGUGGACGCAGGUGGUGCAGCAGCAUGAGCCGCACUGCGUGGUGCUGCCUGCCACCAGCUCCACUCUGGCCAGCAAGCCGCCAGUCGACCUAACAGACUUCCUCCCCAACAACUGGCGGGACACGGAGCUGCUGAAGUUCUAAUGCUGCCGGACGCAGAGGGGCAGGGGGUUGAUCACUGCGUACAUCCAACGGGGCCCAGUUCGGGAGCAGACGGACGUCAGCCGACCCAGGCCACACAUCUCCCUCGGGCCUCUGUUUUGGGAUCAAGUUUGACACUGCUGAAGCUGAGAUGCCCAAGACUGAAGGAAUUUGGAUCUCAGGAGGUUCCAUAGAGCUUUACAACUGACGACCUACAGUCAGGGUCAAAAGCCUACAGUGAGGGAGCACAGCUGCUCAGAGUCCCAAUUGCUGUAAACCCAGGGUGUUGGUCAAUAACAUUCCCAGAGCUCUUUGGUGACAUCCUGUGGCAGAAGGAGCUGGUUACAUCUGUGCCUGUGAAGCAAAAGGGGGAUAAUGCGAGAAUUUUGUGUGUGUGGUGUAUACAGAAAGAGCAGCAAGAGUUUGCCUUGCCACUAACUUUAGUGAAUGAAGGGAGUUAAGCACCAGUAAGUGAUUGGUACCUUUUCCGGGGGGGGGGGGGGGGGGGGGGGUGUGGAUUGGCCAUCCUGAGAGGGUUAAAACUUGGGUACAUUCACUGCAUUCGAAUCUGCAUCUUCAAUAUCGCCUGCAUUUUUUCUUUCUUCCCGAAAACCUUUCUCAGUUCUGCAUUACUGAAUGCUGGGUGAGUACAACUGCUGACCUACCUUGUGUGAUUAGUGCAGCACACAUAGAGCUCAAAUUCAACUUCCCCAGGACAAGUCACGUAGGAUCUUGACACGUAGAACCAGGCUAGGAAUGGGAGCACAAUGGUGAAAUUUUUCGACUGGUUAGCCAGAGCCAUGUUCAAAUUCUGCCACAGCAGCUGGAAAACUUGCAUUCAUUUAAUGAAAUAUUUCUGGAAUGGCAACUGGAUUGUCUGAGGAAACCCAUCUGGUCCAUUAAUGCCCUUUAAGGAUGCUAAGUUUGCUUCCCUCUCCUUCAAGGACCUCACCUGGUCUGGCCUACCUGUAAGUCUUACCUGCCCCCUUAGUCCAGGGGCAAUUAUGAAUGGAUAAUAAAAGUUGCCAUUGCCAGUGAUAUCUUGAAUGAACAAAGAAAUAUAUGUCCAAAACCAUCCUGAACUUUCUUCUCCAUACCUCUGAAAAUUAAGGCUGUGUGUUAGUUGGAGGGACCAAGGUGGGCAGAUGGUCUUAGGAUCUCAUCAAAUGGGAGAACAGGCCCAAGGUGAUUUAAUAUUAGCACUCCAGGUCUGAGGGAUGUCGGCACCAGCAAUCUGUGGAGAAGCGGCGGUUACUCAGAAUGUGUUGAUAGUGUGGAACACACUGCCUGUACAGUUGGUCAGGACUUGGAUGGGCACAGGAGGGACAAUAAUUUGCAGGGCUGUGGGAAAGAGCAGGUAAAUGUGGCUGAUGAUCUCGCUCUAUAAGGAGCCAGCACAGAUUUAAUGGGCCAAAUGUAUCCCCACUGUCCUGUGAUGAUUCUCUGACCCUUAACGCAGUUGGCUGAUUCAUGAGUCUGUUUGACCCUCAGGAACCACCAGCGAGGACGACUGCAACCAAAUAUCCUGUGGGAAUUCCCACCUAUUUCCACUGUACCCGUUGUAGGAAAGUUGUGUGGGCGGAGGGUGAUUUCCCAGAGCCCAAGGGUGUGAGAGGCUUCAGUUGUGCAGGGAGACGGGGAAAAGCUGUGGCUGGUCUCUGCGGAGCAGCGACGAUUAAGACACAAGUUAGUGGAGAUGCUCAGAGCUUGGGUUUUGACCAAGAGGGUGAGGAGAAUCCGUUUGACAUGCAGAAUGGUUGGGGAACCAACGGACUCAGACUUAACUGGUACAGACCAAAGAGAAUUGUUUCAACAGAAAGUUGUGGUGAUCUGGAAUCCACUGCUUAAAAGAGAAUUGGAUGAAUACUCAAACAAAAUUAUUACAGAGCUGUGGGAAAAGUGGGAGUACUGAAAAGAGCCAGAAUAAAUUCAAUGGGCUGAAGGACAUCCUGUAAAUUAUGCGAUGCUUUAAUGCUGAAGGGAAUGUAAGAGUUUGAAUGUGUUAAUUUCUGAAGCUUAUAAGAGUUUUGUCCUGCAGAGAGCUGUUCUUUUGCUUAGAUGUAGCACAUAGUAGAGAGGAACAGGCUGGAGUUUACCCAGAGGAAGAGCUGAGGGAUCUUGCAGCAUUAAUGGAACAAAUUUUCACAGAGACAUUAUACACUAAAGAGCAGUAGGCUCUACCCUGUCCUUUAUCUCUGUCUAACGUAGACCUGCAUUUUGUAAAGUUAAUGUAUCAAUUGUAAAAAUACAAUCUUUUUAUGGAUUUAUUCUGUAUAUUAAAAUGUAUAAAAAUUCA